CAAGAUGGCUCCUCAUAUAAAAACAGUCUUCUGGGUUGCCCUCAGCGUGCAACAAAAUAACUCUUUACACCUUAUCAGGUUGAAAUAUUUAUCCGCGAAGAGUUCUGAAGGGUAACUCGAGCUACAGAUUGAUAUGCGUACGGUACUUGGUGAUAUUUCGUGGGAGAAGAUACAGAAGAGACAAGAGGGAGAAGUUUGAAGCCAUGAAUCGGUGGUGAAGUUUCCCCUCUCCUCGGUAGACGGAGCUGGGUGGUCAGGCAGCACACACUACGGGCCUCGGCUAACCAUUGAGUGGUAGCUGCUAACUAGCUAAUAACUUCACAGUCUGUUGUUAUCUGGAAACAUUAAACACCAGGGAAGUGAACUCAUCAAAGUACUGGUGUGCCUGUUGAAUGUGGGACAGCAGAAGACAGCAGGAUAAUCGACCAUGGCUGUAACAAGACUUGAUCGUCUGUUUAUCCUGCUUGACACCGGAACAACACCAGUAACCAGGAAAGCAGCGGCUCAGCAGCUUGGAGAAGUGGUCAAACUCCACCCACAUGAGCUCAGUAACCUUCUAGCGAAGGUCCUGACCUACCUGAGGAGUCCAAACUGGGACACUCGUAUAGCUGCAGGCCAAGCUGUAGAGGCCAUAGUGAAGAAUAUUCCUGAGUGGGACCCGAAUCCCAGGCCUAAAGAAGAGUCUUGUGAAGAUUUAUCUCCAGAGGACUCCUCCUGUGACCGUCUGACUUUCUACCACUUUGACAUCUCCCGCCUCCUCAAACAUGGAGCCUCUCUGCUGGGAUCUGCCGGGGCGGAGUUUGAGCUGCAGGAUGACAAAACUGGUGAGAUGGACCCUAAGGAACGUCUGGCCCGCCAGAGAAAACUCCUCCAGAAGAAGUUGGGUCUGGACAUGGGUGCUGCUAUUGGCAUGGACACUGAGGAUCUGUUCAAUGAUGAGGAUCUGGACUACACCUGCCAAACCAGUACACUGAGAGCCACCGGGAGUAAAGCCACAGCUGGAUCCAGCUCCAAAAACCAUGUGCCUAUGCAAGCUGCUGAGUUGAUUGACUCAGAGUUCAGACCAGGCAUGAGCAGUCGACAGAAGAACAAGGCGAAGAGGAUGGCCAAGCUGGUGGCCAAACAACGAUCCAGAGAUGUGGACACAAAUGAUAAGAGUAACGACAGUUUUGAGGGUGAACCCGAGGAGAAACGAAGGAAAACCACAAAUGUAGUAAUCGACCAACCAGCAACAGAACACAAAGUCUUAAUCGACAACGUUCCUGACAACUCCAGUCUGUCAGAGGAGAUACAUGAGUGGCCUCUGGAGAGCUUCUGUGAGGAGCUCUGCAAUGACCUCUUCAAUCCCUCAUGGGAGAUUCGUCAUGGUGCAGGCACAGGUCUUAGAGAAAUCCUCAAGUCUCAAGGUGCUGGGGGCGGAAAGCUUGUUGGGAGCACUUCAGAACAGAUGCUGCGGCAGCAUCAGGAGUGGAUAGAGGACCUGGUCAUCCGGCUGCUCUGCGUCUUUGCUUUGGACCGCUUUGGAGAUUUUGUAUCUGAUGAGGUGGUGGCUCCUGUCAGGGAGACGUGUGCGCAGACUCUUGGUGUUGCCCUUCGCCACAUGAAUGAAACGGGUGUUUCCAUGACGGUAGACGUCCUGCUGAAGCUGCUUAAAGAAGACCAAUGGGAGGUCCGGCAUGGAGGCCUGCUUGGGAUAAAGUAUGCCCUGGCUGUCCGACAGGAUCUGAUAUCUAUCUUGCUGCCCCGUGUGCUCCCAGCCAUCACUGUGGGUCUACAGGAUUUAGACGAUGACGUCAGAGCAGUGGCAGCUUCUUCCCUCAUCCCUGUGGUGGAAGGUUUAGUACAGCUACUACCCGGCAAGGUGCUCUUCAUAGUGAACACACUGUGGGAUGCUCUUUUGGACCUGGACGACCUCACAGCUUCUACUAACAGCAUCAUGACGCUGCUGUCUUCUCUGCUCACCUACCCGCAGGUCCGACAGUGCAGCAUGCAGCAGUCGUUAACAGUCCUGGUCCCUCGGGUUUGGCCGUUCUUGAGACACACAAUAUCAUCAGUUAGAAAGGCAGCACUGGAGACGCUCUUCACACUGCUUUCUAAAUCUGACCAGAGCUGUGCCGUGUGGAUUAACCCCAUCCUACAGGACAUGCUCCGACACAUAUUCCAGUCCUGCAUUCUGGAGAGCAACGAGGAAAUCCUCGAACUAAUCCAAAAGGUGUGGAUGGAGCUGCUGUCUCAGGCCCCUCAGCAGUACGUGGUUGCAGCCAGCUGUCCGUGGAUGGGCGCCUGGCUGUGUCUCAUGAUGCAGGCCUCACAUAUUCCUAUUGACCUGAACAUGCUGCUGGAAGUAAAGGCCCGCUGCAAGGAUAAGGCAGGUGCAAAGGCUCGUAUAGGGACCAACCAGGUGAAGGAAGCAGUUCAGGAGUACAUAGCAGGUGCAGAGACGGUGACAGAUGACCAAGGGACACGGGACUAUGUUGUGAUUCGUGCUCGUCUCAUGGCUGCUCGAUUGCUGGGGGCUCUGUGUAGGUGUAUCUGCGACCCUCAGCUCAACGCUGCGUCUCAGGAGAUCCGACCAGCUGAGUCUUUGGGCCAGCUGUUGCUUUUCCACCUCAACUCCAAGUCCGCCCUGCAGCGCAUCGCUGUGUCUCUGGUGCUUUGUGAGUGGGCUUCGCUGCAGAAGGAUUGUCAGCUAGUGUCGUCCAUGGUGCAGCCUCGUCUUCUGGCCAUUCUGUCUGAGCAGUUGUACUACGAUGAGAUUGCGAUCCCCUUCACACGCAUGCAGAAUGAAUGCAAGCAGCUCAUUGCACUGCUAGCUGAAUCCAACAUAGACCUGCAAGACCGCAUGAACUGUAGUGUUUUCACUAUAGAUCAAGCUAAUGAACUGGUAACCACCAUCUUUACCAACUCAACAGAAGCUCUGGACGACAAAUCCAAACAGUGGCAGGCGCUGGACAGUAAACGACAGCAGGCUCAGGCCACAGUGCUGGAGACGAGCACAGAAUGGCAGCUGCUGCAUUUGCGGGUUCACAUGUUUACAGCCUGUGCGGUCGUUAACCUGCAGGCUCUUCCUGACAAACUCAACCCCCUGAUCCGGCCUCUGAUGGAGGCCAUCAAGCGGGAGGAGAACACCCUGAUCCAGGGAUAUGCUGCUUCUUUUAUAGCCAAGCUGCUGCAGCAGUGUGCUGGACGCUCACCAUGCCCGAACCCCAAGAUCAUCAAAAACCUCUGUGCCUCGGCCUGUGUCGACUCUGCAGCCACACCUUCAUCUGCCUGCCCCGUCCCCACACAGGACAACGCCAAAAUAGGCUGUGGGUUGGAAAAGGACGGCAUGCAUCACAUGGUCAACAAAACCCGAGGAAUCAUCACCCUGUACCGUCACCAAAAAGCAGCAUUUGCCAUCACCAGUAAAAGGGGGCCAACCCCUAAAGCUCCAAAGACCCCCACCACAGAGCUUCCUCCCGGCAGCACCAUCAGCACAGAUAAUGAUGAGAGCAAGAAACCAUUUCUUAUCCAGAGACGAGGGGCAGAGUUCUCCCUCACAACUAUAGCCAAACACUUUGGUGCAGACUUUACAAAGUCUCUGCCUUACCUGUGGGAGAACACAGUGGGACCUCUGAGAUCAGUGGUGACUGACAGUUACCGCAUAGACAGGCAGGUUGAGCUGGAGAGGGGAGACGCUGUAGCUCAGGAACUGGUGAACUCUCUACAAGUGCUGGAGGUCAUGGCUGGAGCCAUGUCUGCUGAACUCAAACCUCUGCUCUUGGAGCACCUGCCUCACUUGUUCACCUGCCUGCAGCAUCCAUACACAGCAGUGCGUCACAUGACUGCACGCUGUGUGGGCGUGCUGAGUAAGAUUGCCAUGCUGGAGACCAUGAACAGUUUUCUGGAGUGUGUGCUGCCCUGGUUAGCAGCGAUUGGUGACUGCACCAAACAGGAGGGUGCAAUCGAGGCUUUGGCCUGUGUCAUGGAGCAGCUGGACGUGGACAUUGUUCCCUACAUUGUGCUGCUUGUCGUACCAGUGCUCGGCCGAAUGAGUGACCCCAGUGACAGCAUCCGUUUCAUGGCCACACAGUGCUUUGCCACACUCAUUCGCCUGCUGCCUCUGGAGGCAGGUAUCCCCGACCCACCAGCCAUGUCUGCAGACCUGAUCCGCCAAAAAGCCAGAGAACGCCACUUUCUGGAGCAACUGCUGGAUGGCAGAAAACUGGAGAACUACAAGAUCCCUGUACCCAUUAAGGCUGAACUCAGGAAGUACCAGCAGGAUGGCGUGAACUGGCUGUCCUUCCUGAACAAAUACAAGCUCCACGGGAUCCUGUGUGACGACAUGGGCCUCGGCAAGACGCUGCAGUCCAUCUGCAUCCUGGCAGGAGAUCACUACCUCAGGGCUCAGGAAUAUGCCAAGACUAAAGCCGCAGACUGCAGCCCCAUGCCCUCCCUGGUGGUUUGUCCUCCCACGCUGACCGGACACUGGGUGGAUGAAGUGGGCAAGUUCUGCUCUAAAGAGUACCUCAACCCGCUGCACUAUACUGGGCCUCCUACAGAACGAAUGCGGUUACAACACCAAGUAAAGAAACACAAUCUUAUAGUCGCCUCUUACGAUGUCGUACGGAAUGACGUCGACUUUUUUAGAAAUAUCAAAUUCAACUACUGUAUCCUUGAUGAGGGUCAUGUGAUCAAAAAUGGGAAAACCAAACUCUCUAAAGCCAUCAAGCAGCUGGCCGCCAACUUCAGAGUCAUCCUGUCAGGAACACCCAUACAGAACAAUGUCCUGGAGCUGUGGUCGUUGUUUGACUUCCUCAUGCCGGGCUUCUUGGGAACAGAACGCCAGUUUGCUGCUCGAUACGGAAAACCCAUCCUGGCAAGCCGUGACGCCAAAAGUUCGUCACGGGAACAGGAAGCAGGUGUUCUGGCGAUGGAGGCCCUACAUCGACAGGUACUGCCCUUCCUCCUGAGGAGGAUGAAAGAGGACGUGCUUCAGGACCUUCCUCCUAAAAUAAUCCAGGACUAUUAUUGCAACCUGAGUCCCCUUCAGGUGCAGUUAUAUGAAGACUUUGCAAAGUCUCGAGCCAAAGCCAGUGUGGAGGACAGCAUCUCUGUGGCCUCAGCAGAAGAGGAGAAGCCUAAACUGAAGGCCACAGGGCAUGUUUUCCAGGCGCUGCAGUAUCUGCGGAAGCUGUGUAACCACCCGAGCUUAGUCCUGACCCCGCAGCAUCCCGAGUACAAACGCGUCACAGAACAGCUGUCGGGCCAGAGCUCCAGUUUACGAGACAUUCAGCACGCGCCCAAACUCUCUGCUCUCAAACAGCUGCUAUUGGAUUGUGGUCUCGGUGGUGGUGGAGGCUCAGAAGGAGGCACAGAGGCCGUGGUGGCCCAGCAUCGUGUGCUCAUUUUCUGUCAGCUGAAAAGCAUGCUGGAUAUUGUGGAGCACGACCUGCUGAAACCCAAACUGCCCUCCGUCACCUACCUGAGGCUGGAUGGCAGCGUGCAGGCCGGCCUGCGUCACUCCAUCGUCUCCAGGUUUAACAAUGACCCGUCCAUAGAUGUGCUGCUGCUGACCACUCAUGUUGGGGGUCUGGGUCUGAACCUGACGGGUGCAGACACGGUGGUGUUCGUGGAACAUGACUGGAACCCCAUGAGGGAUCUGCAGGCCAUGGACCGAGCCCACAGGAUAGGACAGAAACGGGUGGUGAACGUGUACAGGCUGAUCACACGGGGCACGCUGGAGGAGAAGAUCAUGGGUCUGCAGAAAUUUAAGAUGAGCAUCGCCAACACCAUCAUCAGCCAAGACAACUCUAGCAUGCAGAGCAUGGGCACGGACCAGCUCCUCAACCUGUUUACUCUGGACAAGGGGGAGAAGGCUGAGCAGAUGCCGUCAACCUCAGGGAAGGCCUCCAUGAAGUCUGUGCUGGACGGACUGGGAGAGUUAUGGGACCAGCAGCAGUACGACACCGAGUACAACCUGGACACCUUCAUGCACUCACUGCAGUAGCACUGCAAAACCCUCCGCCCUCAUCUACACCGACGCAGCUCUAUCUGCUGACCGAGCUGGACCUGGUCAGAGCUGAAGGAGACCCCAACUGCUGCAGAUUGCUAUCAGCUCACUUCGUUUAGCAGUGGGUGGACCUGGGACAGUUUAAGUACAUGUCCCAAAGCAAUAACUUUAAACACGGCUAAAACAAAAACUCAGUCUGCCUCAGACUAACAAUUAGAAAGCAUUAAAAGAAUGUUUCUGAACAUUUCUUCAGUAUUUCAAACAGCCCCUCAGAACGGUGGUACAACAUUGUGCCAUAUGUAACAUCUCCAGUGUUAGUUUAUAUCAUCUGCAUUCAUUAGCUGUUAUAUUGCAUCAUGACUCAGUUAUCUGUUAUUGUUUCAGCACCAGGUGCUUCUUCUACCGCUGUUGCUUUCCUCCCAUGAUGCACUGUAAGAGUAAACCGUGUUAAACUGCUUCAGACACAGUUGCCCUCCUAUCUCCCUCAUCUUGUGUUUUUAAAGCACUGCGACACCCAACACGCCUGUCAGCAGCUCUCUUUCUGAUACAAACAUGUUUUUGUUCAACAAAAGGGAAAUGGGUCUAAGUGGUGACAGUAUGGCAUCACUGGCUUUUCAAACAGCACCUCGAUGAGCCGUUUGUGCUACAGUAGGAAGAAUCUCAUCCUCCAGAGGGCGCUGCAGUUUCCACUCGCUCCAGGAGAGACUGUCCUCAUGAUCUGUGUGUUUUGAGAAAUGAAUGAGUGUGUCAAGCUCUUCCACAUGUGGUGUCAGAAACAAGCACUUGAAGCAACGUUACAGAGACUGAACAUGGGGCCAAGAUGAAUCUGGUACCUGAAAGAUGCCACAAGUAUUUUAACAAGAAAAAAACAAAACAGACUUGUACAUAUUUCUGUAACUGCUGCUUUUUGUUUAUGAUUGUGGAGUUGUAAUAAAUUCUACAGACCUUUGAACUA